AUGUCGAUCGUUUUGGCGCAAGCAAAUGAUGGUGUCUUGCCACAGAGCUCACCAGCAUUUUUAUCCGACGUUCCCAAGCCUACAGGUGUAGUUGACGCUGUACCUACUAAGCCAUAUCCAACCGGUAGCUUGGACAUGCAUUGGAAAUUGGAUCUUUCCAAGUACCCUGCAGUGAAGCAAGUGCCACCCACCGACUCCCCCGAAGUCAAAAAUGCCAUUGCUGCUAUUGACUGGACCAAAGUUCCAAAAGCACCUAUUCGCAAGAAGCUACCCAACGGCAGUCUCGAUGUAUCCAACUAUAACAUAGAUCAGGAUCCCGACUGUUGGUGGUCCGCUAGUAUUUGUAAAACUCCAAAGGCGACGUACCUUCCUUCCGAUUAUUACAUGUGUCCCACCGUUGGUGACUGGGGUCUCAACUACGACGAUGGCCCAUUGAAUCCGGUCAACUUUGACCAUCCCGACAGUUGGGCUGAACCUGCCCUUUACGAUUUCUUGACGGACCAAAAUCACACUGCCACAUUAUUUUAUAUUGGCUCGUAUGUGGUUAGUUUCCCCAGCGCAGCUCAGAGAGCACUAAAUUCUGGAAACGUCCUCUGCAGCCACACCUGGAGUCACAAGCAGAUGACUUCCCUCACAAACGAACAGUUAGUCGCUGAAUUCUACUGGUCACUUCGUGCUAUCAAAGAAGCUACAGGUGUUACUACCAAGUGCUGGCGUCCUCCGUUUGGAGACGUUGACGAUCGUGUCCGCGCUAUCGCACAUCAAAUGGGUAUGCGAACCUUUUUGUGGGAACAAGAUUCGUUUGAUUGGCAAAUAGGAUCUAGCCAUCCUUCAUCAGAAGUUGAUGGAUAUUUCGAAAAAUGGCUUGCUGAUCGCAACACCUCUGCCGAUUCGACAAAUGGCCAUAUCACUCUUCAGCAUGAGCUCAAUGCCGACACCAUCAAAACCGCCAUGAAGUGGCUACCUCAGGUGUCCAAAAAGUUCAACGUCAUGCCUAUUCAUCAAUGUCUCGAUGAUACGUCGCCUUACUGGGAAUCAAACUUUGUGUAUCCCAAGCGAGACGGAAGUGUGCCAGAAACCAAGCAGCAAGUCGAUAGCAGUAAGCCAUCAGCAGCAUCCCGUGAAAGCGCCUCGGGUAGCGCUUCUACCCAACAGGCUUCUUCUUCAUCAUCAUCUAUGCAUGCUACUUUAUUGCCUUUCGUUGCCGCCACUGCCAUGUUUAUAUAUAGCACCUACUUUUAA